AUGUCAGCGCGAGGCCUGGGCUCCACUUCGCCUGACCCGGGCGCGUCAUCUCACGACCAACACCCACUAAUGGAUCUCGUAGACGGCGAAGAAGCGCGCGGGAGAAGUCAUCCCGAAGGCGCUGCCGCGGAUCUGAUGCGGAGACUUGGUGUUUCGCCUGAGAGGAGGAUCAAAGUCACGCCUGAGGAUGAUGCGCGUGUUUUGAGGCGGAUUGAUAUGGUUGUUCUGCCGCUCAUGCUAGCGGUCUAUUUUCUCCAAGGUCUUGAUAAAGCGACUAUCGCAUAUGCAUCCAUCUUCGGCCUUAUUGAAGACACAAACCUAAAGGGCAAUCAAUUCUCAUGGCUCAGCUCAAUAGUCUACGUCGCUCAACUCAUCGCGCAAUUCCCGCUAGCGUGGCUUCUCGUCAAACUGCCCAUUGGGAAAUUCACAAGCUGCAUGGUCACACUCUGGGGCUUGACCCUUACCUUCAUGGCGGCGGCACAUACCUUUCACAGUCUGCUUUUCGCACGUUUCUGGCUCGGUGCUUUCGAGGCUAGUAUUGCGCCGAGUUUUGUGGCUAUUACGCAGAUGUUCUGGAGGAGGAGAGAGCAGCCUCUUAGAAUGUCGUAUUGGUAUGCGAUGAAUGGAUUCACUGGUGUUUUUGGGAGUUUGGCAACUUGGUGGCUUGCGCAGCUACCGUUUGGACUGAAACCGUACCAGACCAUCUUUGUCGCCUUUGGAAUCAUCACCGUCUGCUUCUCCACUGUUCUAUUCUCAUAUAUGCCCGACUCUCCCGCCGAAGCGAAAUUUCUUGAUAAGCACGAUAAACUUAUCGCCAUUGAACGACUAAGAAUGAAUCAGACUGGUGUCAUGUCGCGGCAAUGGCGAUGGGACCAUUUCUGGGAGACCAUGCGAGAUUUAAAGACUUGGCUCUGGUUCUCUCUCAUCUUCAGCAUUUCAGUACCCUCUGGUGGCGUCGGCUCUUUUGGCCCUCUCCUCAUCAAAUCCUUUGGCUUCGACUCUUUCCAUGCCAUCCUCUUCAAUGCCCCAUUUGGUGUUGUUCAGUUCAUCUCUACAGUUGGAGGCUCGAAUACUCUGCUUGGCGGAUACUACAUGAUCUCUGUCUUCCCAGGAAUAAUUCCUCUGAUCUACUCAUGGUCGUCCUCCAACACCGCAGGCGACACCAAGGGCAAAUGCAACUCAUCCGUCCUCUUCAUCGGCCAAUCUCUCGGAAACAUCAUUGGCCCUCUUCUCUACAAACCAUCAGAGGCGCCCGAGUAUCACAGAGGAUUAUACUGGAAUCUGCUUCUCUACAUCGCAAUUGUAGGUCUUGUUGUUGUUACGACCAUGUAUCUGACCUACCUCAAUCGCGAUCACAGUCGCCGUCGCGUCAUGGCCGGAAAAGACGCAGUGAUUGUAAACUACAGCUUGUACUCACCCGAAGAAGCCGAUCGUCUUCGAAGGUCCAAGGCGACCGAGGGACAGCACAUCGAAAAUGCGAGGGAUGCGACGGUGGGAGAUCAUGCGUUUGAUGAUAUGACGGAUUUGGUUAACGAUGAAUUCCUCAUGGGUAUCUCCCCCAAAGCCACUAAUACCAUUUGUACACCCAACCUCUGCAUCAUGCAAAUCGGUCUUCUUCCCGCGACCGAUAUUCAGACCCAUCGUUGA